AGUCACAGAAACCUGAUGUGCCGGUGCAUCGAAUGCUUUUGAUUUCUCUGUGCAGUAUAAAUACCACAGCUGACACACACAGCCUCAGAGCCUGCUGAAACCUGAUGUCAGGUUUUGAAACAAAUGGGAGUUAAGGGAAAAUUCAGACCAUGUCUACGAUGAACACAGAAGGACAAGAGUUUGCCGGUUUUGAAACACAGAGGAUUUAAAGGAAAAUUAAGACCAUGUCUACGAUGAACACAGAACGACCAGAGCUUGCAGAAUGUUGCUGAGAGUUAAUUGGACGUUCUCGGUUACACGCACAGAAAACGAGAACAAGCUUGUGCAGGGAAGGACGCUCUGGUUAUUUGGCUUCUCCCUUCUCUAUCACAGCUCGUACGUGCAGUACAGAGGCCGAUGCUCCAGAAGAUGAAUGAAGAAAAAAUUCAGACCACAUCUACAAUGGAGCCAAGAACAAGUGCAGCAGGUUCGAAAGAGCAGGCAAAUGAAGAGAAAAGUCAGACCUCGCUGACAGUGGACACAAAAGAACAGGAACCUGCAGCCCUGUUGAACUUUCUCUCCAAACUUGGACUGGAGAAAUUUUAUCCUAACAAGCUCACACUUCAGUUUAUCUUGGAGAUCAACAAAAAUAGUAUAAAUGAAGAACCUGUGUCAUCGGUAGAGGAAAUACCAUGGUCUUUUCUCAGAAAACUAUUCAAAGUCAAUGCAAAAUGCAGGAGCUGUACACAGUUAUCAAACACUAUUGAGGAAAAUGAUUAUCUGUUUGAACUGGACCUUAACACUGCAGAUGACUCUGAAGAAUAUAAUAAGGUUAACCCUCUUGACCUCAUAGUAGCUCUCUUCCUUUGCGCUGACAGCUUUUUGCAACAGGAAAUGGCGCUCAAGAUGUCAAUGUGCCAGUUUUCUCUCCCACUGCUGUUGCCCCCUGGCAACAAGAGUCAGUGUACCCUGAUGCUGUGGGCUCUGAGAGACAUCGUCAAAGAGUGGUGUCCACAUGGUUUGUCUGAAUCAAGAGGGUUUGUUGAAGACAACAUUGUCCAAGCAAAUAUUCCGUUCUAUUCCUUCGUCAGGCUCAAGAACUGCAGCUUAUCAAAGUCCCAGCUUUUGAAUCAUGUGCUCAGUCCUGGCCAACAGAAUCGCAGUAUCUUCAUACACAGAGAUGUGGAAGGAGGAGCAGUCAAAAGAAAAGUUGCAAAUGGAUUGGUAGAGGUUUGCUGGCACCUUCCCUGUGGUACUGAAAAUCUGGACAUUUUUCCAAAACCAGUUGCAUUCGUGAAUUUGCGAGGAGACAUUUGUGAGUCACUCACACAGUUCAACUUUCUUUUUCAAGUAUCAACUGCUACCUUUGUUUUCCUGGACAAAGUGGAAGAAAAUGAGCACAGGAUUCUGACGUCUCUUCAGGAUGUUAAAUCCAAACUCUUCCUACUUGUUAAUCGCAAGGAAGGGAAUUCAAGAGAGAACAUGACAUCUGUCAAGACAUUGCUGGAUGAAUUGGAUUUACCAAACAGCUGCGUCAAAAGCAAAGACUCGAGGGUAAAUGUUGCAGAAUUCUCGAAAAAGGUUUGCACAGUCAUCAAGACAUUGCUAACAGCUGAAACCACCAACAUCGAAAAUAUGGUCGACAAAGCUGUUGAACUUGGUUUUUCUGUGGAUGAGUGCAAAGGCAAUGACCAAAAAAAAGCAGCUGAGGAAUUUUUGAAUGAAAUUGGUGAGCAGCCCAUAACAGGCUACAAAAAACAGCAACUUCCACUGCAAGGAGAGAACUGGAAAAGAUUAUCGCAGUUAGAUAUGGAAGAAUGUAGGCUGAAAAAAGCUGGCAGCCUAGAACUAGAAGAAAAUAAAUCUCAGCUUGGGGAAGAAAAACAAAAAAUUAGGAAUGAGCUAAGUGAAGGCGAAUCCACAGCUAUGAAGACUUUCAUUGAACACUUAUCUAAACAUGACAAAGAGAAAAGAGAUUUUUUUCUCAAAUGGAUGAAACUCAAGCUUAAUGGCCAUUCACGGAACAAACUGUCUGAGCUACGAAACAGAUUCAAAGAGCAAUGCAAGAAGAAGGAUGCAAAACUCAUAGCAGAGUUAGAUCAGGCAUUGUUGGAUAGCUCUUUAGGAAUAGAGCAUUACAUGAGAGAGAUGGGACUGAUCUAUGAGUUCUCCAGAGCCAGCUCAGCAAAAACUGUUGAUGAACUGUCCCGUCUCCCUGGUCUGGCUGCUGAAAUGCUGUUGGACGGAUAUCCUUUAGAGCUCUUGGAUGGAGAUGCUUCCAACAUCCCAGAGAGAUGGGUGACUGAUGUGCUGAUGGAGCUUCACAAGAAGGUUGGAGAGAAGAGCAGACUCUUGGUACUGACUGUGUUGGGCGUUCAAAGUACCGGGAAGUCAACGCUCCUCAACACCAUGUUUGGAGUGCAGUUCCCUGUCAGCAGUGGCAGAUGCACGAGAGGAGCUUUCAUGCUCUUCCUCAAAGUUGGAGCGGACAUACAAAGUGACUUGAAUCUCGACUUCAUUGUCCUCAUUGACACUGAGGGUCUUAAGUCUCCCGAUCUGGCACAACUAGAGGACAGUUACGAGCAUGACAAUCAACUGGCAACCUUUGUCAUUGGCUUGAGUGAUGUCACCAUUAUCAACAUCGCAAUGGAAAACCUGACCGAAAUGAAAGAUGUCCUGCAAAUUGCUGUUUAUGCAUUACUGAGAAUGAAGAGAACUGAUAAAAAGCCAGUUUGUCAUUUUGUAGGACUCUGGCACGGAACCCCACCGAUGGCACCAGUAAACACAGGUUACAGUGAAGCUGUAGCUGAUUUCAAGAAAAAUCUUUUGGACACAAUUUUUUGGAAAAGUGACAGACGCACCGAAGCCUCACAGAUCCCAGAGUUUCUAGAAUGGAUGAGAAAUCUGUGGAAAGCAGUGAAAAAUGAGGACUUCGUCUUCAGUUUCAGAAACAGUCUUGUAGCUCAUGCCCUCAACCAACUUUGCAAGGACUUCAGCCAAUGGGAAUGGGAGUUCAGAAAAGUGAUUCUCUCCUGGCAGACAGAGGCAGAGUUAGAAAUCUUAAUUGUGUCCAAGGAGUCUGACAUCCACACCUGGAACAGUCUAGUUACAUCAAAAAAAUCGGAUGGUUUAGAAAAAGUCGAAGCACAAGAGAGAAAAAUCAAGGAAAAACUUAAUGACUACUACAGAAGACAAGACAGAGAUGUAAAUCUGAUUGAGCCCUACAUCAAAGAUAUUUUUCAAAGUAUCAACAAUCUUGCAGAUGAAAUCAAACAGUCUCUGAUCAAUAAACUAGAUUUUCUGAGUAAAUCCCAUAGUGACGUGAUGACUCUCCUGAAAGACUGUACACCGUGCACGGCGUUGUCUGAUGAACAGCUGACAGAGAAGUUUGAAAAGAUAUGGACUGGAGUUAUCAAUCAGGAUACACAUGACCUUGAAAGCCUACAAGGAACAGGUGACGUUUCUUUUGAGGUCAAACGUAAACAUCAACUUGGCAGCAAAGAAGACCAAAAAACUGACCUGGAGAGGUUAGCAGAGAGAAUCAAUGAGUCUUGUACACAGUUUGUGCUUGAUAAAGCAAAGACAAACACAGAUUACAAUGAUGGAUUUACAGAAGAACUCCUGGGAAAAAUUGACAAAUCCCUUCAAGAAAACUGCAAAUGUUGGCAAGACAAGUUUGAGACUGACCUGAAACUACACAUAUGCGGCACUGCAUCAAGAGAAUUCCUCAAAAUGUACAAAAACAACAAGAAGUCAGACUAUCUCGAUCAGUACAAACAGAGAGAGCAUUGCCAAGGCAAAGCAAAUGAUUUUGUCCGGGUUUGUAUCAAACCUGCUGUCGAAGACUACAUCAGUAAAUCACUGGGAGAGGACAUUGUGAAUGAAAUUUUGACAAGUUGCCCUUGCACAGGGUACAGUUCAUUUUUCCAGUACAACAUUCAGAAGGAGAUGCUGCAAAAGGAAAACUUCAAAAGUUUUGCGAAGUACAUUUGUAACUAUGAAGUAUAUGUUAAGGAUUGGAUAUUUCAGCACAUUGUGCGACAGAUGUCACAGGACAAGACUUUGUGCAAACUGAAGAACAAGAAUCUGCAGGUCAUAGUUCACAACGUCACAGAAGCAUUGAAAGAGGCCACAAAAGAAAAGGACGGCACUCUGCUGCCCGACAACAAGGAGAGCAUCACAAAGCUCAUCAGCAACUUGCGCCAGCAUUUGACUAAAGACAUCUCGAUUUCAGUGGAGGCUGAAAAAACCACCUUGUUUCAAAUCAAAAGCACUUGUCAUCCAUUUAUCAGCAGCCUCAAUAUUUCAAUAAAGGACUUAAAAGAACAACUUCAGGAGGAAUUGUCAAACUCUGAAGACAUCACUGAGACUCUGAACAAGCUUCCAACCAAACCACAGGACGAGCUUUUCAAGCGGGUGUUUGGUUGUGGAGAACGAUGUCCAUUUUGUAAAGUUCCUUGUGAUGCUGGAGGCAAAGAACACAAGCAACAUCAUGCAGCUGUGCAUCGGCCACAAGGUCUUGGCAGAGUAAUCAUUAACGGGAGCAGGCAGCUGGUUGAAAGACUGUGUACAACUGAUGUGCAAAGUAACUGUGUAUUUAGAAAUACACGAACUAAAUGGGAGUGGCAUCCUUACAAGGACUACACCACGUACUAUCCAGACUGGCACAUUCCUCCAGAUCCCACCAUAGAGGCAUCUGACUACUGGAAAUAUGUCCUGGUACGAUACAAUGACAGAUUUGCUAAAAAAUACAAAGCCAAGCCAGCUGAUGUUCCUGAGGCCUGGAGGAGUAUCACAAAGGAACAAGCACUGAAAGGUUUGAAAGAUGCCUUCAACAUAAAGUGAACAAGAUACAAUCCUGAAAAGAAUCUUUAAACAAAACAACAUUCAAAUAUGUAAAAAUGGGAAUUCAGCAGAACAAUCAGUCAAAUUAAAAGAGGAUCAAAGAAGAUCAAAUGUUUUAUGUUUUUUUUUCUUUUGUUUUUUUACAUUUUUCAUAAUGACUAGUUUCCACAAUAAUGUAAAAUGUUUUGACACAAGAAUAGUAAUUUUUCUUUUUCUUUUUUCAUAUUUCUGUACCGCUUUGUGCAUAAUAACCAUAAUGAUGAUGAUGAUAAAGGGAAUUUACUACAGAGACCAUAUGGAAAAAAUGGAUGUUUAAUACUGGAUACGUAAGCAUAGUUUUAGCCUUACAGUUGUUUUUCUAUUGCUUGCCUGCAGUCAGUGAAUAACAAACGAUGAUACAAAUGACUCUUGGUGUCAUUAAACAAAUCACAAAGAAGCUGAAACCACAGAAACAGAUACUCAGACUUUUAAAUACUUCAUACAUUUGUUCUUGUUUGUGAAAAUGAUGAUGUACACACUCUGUACCAUGAAGUGCAAAGAGCAGGUGAUGAAAUGCUUUGUAAAAUGUGUUGUACUUGUGUUCUCACAUCUCAACUUGCUACAAUGAAAAAGUGAUUUUUACUUUUUGAUGGACAAUGUGUUGAAAAAUUAACAAAGGUGAAAUAGUUUUGUUUCCUAUGACUACUCAUUUUUUGUGUUCAGGUUCUAAAGAUUAUGAUGCUGAUGCUGUUGAUGAUGAUGAUGAUGAAGUACACAGGCCAUGUCAAACAGCGCAUUUUUACUGUUUUAUUUCUAACUGGUACAUGCAAAACAUUUUUAUAUUGUAACAUGUAUUUAACAAAUAUCAGUGAGCGAUCAGUCCAAGACAAAUGAGUUAAACAAACUUCAAUAAAGUUGAAAAGC